AGAGAAAGCGAUCGUGUGCAGCUACCGUUGCUUUUCCAUCUUACACUGUUGGUAGUUUUCCUUUUUUUUCUCAUCAUCCGUUGGAAAUUAGGGUUUGGAGUACUUCGUUGAAGUUUGCCUCAUGCAUCAGAAUGGUUCAAGAUGGUGCGAAGUAUUGGUCCUUGAACUAAAUGAAUAUUAGGAUAUUAUAUCACUUGAAACACCGCUGAUGUCGCGAUUUGUUGGUUGUAUUCAACGGUGAGGGUUGCGAAAGUUUUUGCAAUUAGGUUGGGUGCAAUGCGCAAGCUGCUAUUGCUUCUGGGGCGACUUCGAAGUUCUUGCGUAUCUUUGGAGAAUCGCUUCUCGUCGAGGCUUGUGACAUCUCGGGACAGUGGAGGGUGUUUGGACUUCGCGGUUCUCCAGAACAGAGAUAGUCGUAAUUGCAAGUUUCUGGGUGUUAGGUAUGUCACGGGGAUAGCUGAUUUCGGCGAGAUUAUUCAGGAUCGUGGUGGAUUGGGCAAGGAGUUCGAUGAGAAAUUCCGUAGUGCGAGCCGUUCAAGUAGUACAUCCAAUUCAGUUGGUUUGAACGUGGUUCGAGAUCGUAAGGAGCAACAGCGUGCACCUAGAGGUACUUGGAAUUUGAUUUCCUGCAACGCUGCAAUUUCAAGGUUAGCGCAACAAGGCCGCCGUGGGGAGGCCCUUGCAUUUUUUUUCCGGAUGCAGGAUGAGCACGUGCGCCCUAACCGGGUAACAUUCUUGAGCCUCUUGAAAGCAUUUAGGGGUCCUGGAGACCUUGAAAGUGGCAGGCGCGUGCACAACUUUAUCCUCGAAAGACAGUUGGAGUCAGAUGUGCGUGUUGGGACCGCUCUUACUUGCAUGUAUUUUAGAUGUGGUAGCGCUCUAGAUGCACAUCGAGUUUUUAAAAGAGUUCAGAACCGGGACAUUAUUGUAUGGAAUGCCAUGAUCGAGGGCUACUGCCAGGCUGGUCUUCGUGACAAGGCUUUAGAAAUGUUCAAGGACAUGAAAAUUGCGGGUCUCGCGCCAGAUGUGGCCAGUUUUCUGAGUAUCCUGAAGUCGUGCAAUGGAUCAGUUCACUUGGAUGAUGGAAAACAGCUUCACAAGGCCAUCAUUGAAUCAGGGUUUGAGCUUAGCGUUCGUGUUCAGACAGCCCUUGUCAACAUGUAUUGUAGGUGUGAGAGUUUGCUGGAUGCUCGGAAAAUGUUUAACAAACUUCCCAGAAAAGAUAUAGGGCUGUGGACGACGAUGAUUGCUGGAUACGCUCAGACGGAUCACGGUGAGGAAGCUUUCGCACUAUUUCAAGCAAUGCGAGACACCGGCCUGCAACCCAAUAAGAUGACUUUUCUUGCUUUGCUCAAGGCAUGUACAAGGCCUGAAUUUUUGCAGAAGGGAAAAUGGUUGCACAACCAUAUUCGAUGUGCAGGGUUAGAUUCAGAUGAAAAAGUAGGUACGGCUCUUAUAAACGCCUACAGCAAAUGCCGUAGUUUGGUGGAUGCUCGAAAGGUGUUUGAUAAUCUAUGCACAAGGAAUGUCAUUUCUUGGACUGCGCUCAUUGCUGCGUAUUCUCGCAAUGAUCGUGCUGAGGAGGCACUGGACUUGUUCGAGCAGAUGAAACGAGAAGGGGUUCAGCCAAACGAGGUCACCAGGAACACGGUUGUUAAAGCAUGUGAUCGUUUGGGUGCUGUGUGAAGAUUGGGAGUUUAUGACAUGAGAGUCUUGCUCGCACCCAAAUUAUUGGAUACACUCAAUGAAGAACAAGGCCGGAGUCUGUAGGCCGUUAUGGCAAGGAGUUGAAGUUGGGCAGUCUUGGAAAUAAGGUUUGAAAUGGACUUCAGAGACGCCACUGCUGCAGACUCAUAGUAGACCAUCUAUUCUCUAGUGGCUCCAAUUGCUUUGUCUACAAUCCCCGAAAGCCCAGUACUUGUUUCCUCUUCUAUUGUACUUCAUUGACAUCUCUGCUUUAUACAAAGGCAUGUUGUACUACAGUGCAACAAGCCAGUGUAUAAAGCGGAGAUGGCACGAGGCAUGAACCUUCCUUUGUCCAUCAAUUUGCAAGUAGUAGGUUUGUGCAGGAACUAAUUUGAUGACGUUUAAUUCCCGAAGAUGAGCUGGCUUCGCGGUGAAUAUGUCUCGACAUAAACUGGAACUUGUUUUGAAAUUUCAAGGCUGCAUGUCAUUCUGCUUGUGAA